GGUAUUUGUUUGGAGGAAAAACCCAUUUUUCCUCCCCUGGCGCCUGGCGGAGAGAAUUUAUUAAACGUGACUUUAAACAGAGGACUUCAACUCCUCCUCCAUCUACUCCUCUGAAUUAAACAAAGAAUGGAUAUCUCAGGCACCAAAUUAUCCUACCCAGAAAGUACUGGAGACCAUUUUGACAGGGCAAAAGAGGUACAGGCUUUCAAUGAUUCCAAAGCUGGUGUCAAAGGGCUAAUUGAUGCCGGUGUGGUAAAAGUCCCAAAGAUAUUCAUUCGCCCACCAGAUGAACUCUCUGAGGAUUUGAAAAAUUCACCAGUAGAGUUACAAGUGCCGGUCAUUGAUCUCGGCAACAUUGGAGAAGGUUACAGUCGGGAAAGAGUCGUGAAGGAAGUCCGCUGUGCGUCAGAGGAGUGGGGAUUCUUUCAAGUUGUCAACCACGGAAUCCCGUUGGACGUGUUGGAGGAAAUGAUUGAUGGAAUAAGAAUGUUUCACGAAGAAGAUCCGGAGGUAAAGAGAGCAUUGUAUUCACUUGAUCACGUGAAAAGAGUGAGAUUCUAUAGUAACCCGGAUUCGUACCAGUCAAAAUUUGUGUUUUGGAAGGACACCUUGAACAUCUCUAUGCUUGUUUCUGACCAUCUUGACCCCGAUGAAAUUCCCAAAACCUGUAGGGCUUCAUUAAUCAAGUAUAUCGAGCACGUUACCGACCUGAGGUGUACUCUAUUUGAGUUGUUAUCAGAGGCUCUUGGCCUAACACUUGAUCACUUACCCGCCCUCGAAUGUGCUAGAGGCCGCACCUUUCUUUGCCAUUGCUAUCCAGCAUGCCCAGAGCCAGAGCUGACUUUAGGAGCCGGCAAGCACUCGGAUCCUACCUUCAUCACUGUGCUCCUACAAGACCAACUUGGAGGCCUCCAAGUCAUGCAUAAAAAUCAAUGGGUUAAUGUUAAACCGAUUCCCGGAGCUUUGGUAGUUAACAUUGGGGAUCUUCUCCAGAUCAUAUCUAAUGACAAGUUCAAGAGUGUUGAUCAUAGAGUGUUGGCAAACCGUGUUGGACCAAGGAUUUCCAUGGCGAGCUUUUUCACUGGUGUUUUUGUUCCUCCGAAGGUCUACGGCCCCAUAAAAGAACUGAUAUCAGAAGAAAAUCCUCCUAUAUACCGGGAUUUUACACUAAGCGAUUACAUUGGAGGUUUCGUUUCGAGGCCGCUUGACAAGUCUGCGCUCGACUAUUUGAAGAUAUGAUGCUGGUAGGAAUUACAGGGACGUGUUCCCACACACCGCAUCAUGCAGUAAUAUGAAUAACGUUUGUGUACGAUUGUAUUUUGAUGACCUAUGAAGUAUGAAUUGUUUCUUUCUACAUUGUAAUUUCAAAGCUGUCUUCUGGUUUUCUGGUACUUCAUAUGGAAAAUAAAACUACCAAUGCACGCAAAUGUUUGAUUGGUUUUCUGAACGGCCGC